CAUUUUGUCGUCUAUAUCAGCAGUAAUAUGCCAAUAAAACCUUUCUCAUUUGCUGUGCCCGAAACACGGUUUCUUCACUCUGCAAAAUAUGUUUACAAGUUCAAAAUCCGAUAUGGGGUCUGCUUUAGUUUGCAACAUAUAGAGAACAAAAGGCAGGCUCUACAAGAAUUAGUGGAGUCCAUUAAAGCCAUUAUUGCCAACCAUGAUAACUUAUAUCCAUUUUCAACAAGGCAUUUCCUGAUUUUUCCUUAUAAGAGCAAAUGGGAAAGUGCCCGUUGUCUGAGGUUUAAAUUUAAGCAUAAGUCCCUUUGUCCAUUUCCAUAUGUCUUCACCGUGUAUAUAGAGCCUUAUUCUAUACUCCAUGAACAUUGUCCUGGACAGAUUAAAGAACAAAAAUGUGAACAAGCAGAUGAAGAUGUAGUAGGUCAUGAAACUUGUGAUAAUGCAGACAAUAGAGCCUGCCAAACAGCCAGCUGCUCAGACCAUCCAGCAAAGAUUCCAUGCUCACAUACAGAGAACAGUGGUUCUGGUAGUGGUUUUCUGCAGUAUUUAAUCAGUUUUACUCCAUUUAGGUUCCUAUUUCGCAAAAGUCAUUUUAUGUGAGCAAAAGCUAUUUUGUCCUUGUGAAUGGUUUCUAAGGUUGUCAGCACCAAAGAAUACAUCUUCAAAGAAUGACAUCUCGAGUUCAUCCAUAUUCUUUUCAUCUGAUUUAAUUUUACAGUUUAAUUUUUGUAUCCAGUUUAUCCCAGAAAACUAUUGCUCAUAUUACACUAAAAUGAGAUUUAAAGUUGAAACCCAUCUGCCACCUGAUCAGAGGGCAUAAAAUCUCAUAAAGCCCAGUUCCAAACAAAAUGCAAUAAAAAACGAAUAUU